GGCCCGCGGCGGGGGCGCGCCCGGCCCCCGGCAUGGCCCGGCAGUAGGCAGGGAGAGCCGCCCGCCCUCCGCCGCUCCCGGCGGCAGCCCCCGCCGCGCCCCGUCUGUCCUAUGUGACCCGCCCCGGCGCCAAGAUGAAAGACGAUUUUGCAGAGGAGGAGGAGGUGCAGUCCUUCGGCUACAAGAGGUUUGGUAUUCAGGAGGGGACUCAAUGUACCAAAUGUAAAAACAACUGGGCACUGAAGUUUUCCAUCAUCUUAUUAUAUAUUUUAUGUGCCCUAUUAACAAUCACAGUAGCCAUUCUGGGAUACAAAGUUGUAGAAAAAAUGGACAAUGUGACAGGUGGCUUGGAAACAUCCCACAGAAGAUACACAGAAAAGCUCACAGAGGUGGAAAGUGGUCUGAAGAAACUAGAUGACCAAGCUGGACAAAAAGCCAUGAAUACAAACACUGAACUGUCUAGCUUCAGAUCUGAUAUUCUGGCUCUCCGUCAGCAACUUCAUGACGUUGCAGAGAAAACUACCAGAAACAAAGAUACACUGGAGAAGCUACAAGAGUCUGGAAAUGUAUUAGAUGAUAGGCAGAGCCAAAUGAGAAGUGCCUUAGAUAGUAACUCUUUCAUGAUCAUCAGUGUCAAUAAGACUCUUCAGUCGUAUACUGGCUAUAUCAACAAUCUUCAACAAGACACAAGUAAUAUCCAAACAAACUUGCAAAACCAAGUGCAUUCUCAUAAUGUGGUCAUCAUGAACCUGAACAACUUGAACCUGACACAAAUACAGCAAAGAAAUCUUAUCAGUGUCCUGCAGAAGUCAAUGGAAGAUACAAGCCUUGCUAUUCUAAGAAUCAAGAAUGACUUUCAAAAUCUGCAGCAGGUUGUCCUUCAAGCCCGAAAGGACACUGACUGGCUUAAGGAGAAAGUACAAAAUUUACAGACUUUAGCCGCCAACAACUCAGCAUUGGCAAAAGCUAACAAUGAUACACUUGAAGACAUGAAUAAUCAGCUCAGCUCCUUCAGUGGGCAAAUGGAGAACAUCACCACAAUUGCCCAAGCCAAUGAACAAAAUCUAAAGGAUCUCCAGGAACAGCAUAAAGAAUAUGAAAAUAGAACUUCUGCCAAAUUCAACCAGCUAGAAGAGAGGUUCCAGGUCUUUGAAAGUGAUAUAGUCAAUAUCAUUAGCAACAUCAGCUACACUGCUCAUCAUCUACGGACACUGACUAGCAAUCUCAAUGAGGUCAGGACAACUUGUACAGACACCUUAAGUAAACAUUCGGAUGAGCUGAUUUUUAUGAACAGCACGCUAGCCAAUAUUCGCUUAGACUCUGCAUCUCUAAAGGUGCAACAGGAUUUAAUGAGGUCAAGGUUAGAUGUUGAAGUUGCCAAUUUGUCAGUAAUCAUGGAAGAAAUGAAGCUCGUGGAUUCCAAACAUGGUCAACUCAUCAAGAACUUCACUAUCCUACAAGGCCCUCCUGGUCCAAGGGGACCUAAAGGCGACAGAGGCCCUCAAGGUCCUCUUGGUCCCUCUGGCCUAAAAGGACAAAAAGGAGAGAAAGGAGAACCCGGACCACCAGGACCAGCAGGCGAGAAGGGCCCACCUGGGCCAACUGGGCCUCCAGGAGAAAAAGGAGGGAAAGGUUCAAGAGGAUCACCUGGCUCCAAAGGUCAGAGAGGUUCUCCUGGCAAGACAGGACUGCCUGGACCAAGUGGAGACCCGGGACCACCAGGUCCACAGGGCAAAGAUGGUCCACCUGGGCCACAAGGCCCACCAGGAUUUCAAGGUCUGCAAGGAACUGUGGGAGAGCCAGGUGUACCAGGACCUCGAGGACUACCUGGGCUGCCUGGAGUCCCUGGACUACCUGGCCCACCUGGUCCACCUGGCCCACCAGGACUGCCAGGUCCAGGGAUGCCAAUGGCACUACAGAGUGAACCCACAACAGUGCCUGAGGCUAAUGGUUGUUCUCCUCGUUGGAAGAACUAUACAGAAAAGUGCUACUACUUUUCAAUUGAAAGGGAAAUUUUUGAAGAGGCAAAGUUAUUCUGUGAGGAGAGGGCAUCACAUUUGGUUAUCAUAAACAACAAAGAAGAGCAGCAAUGGAUAAAAAGGCAGAUUUUUGGGAAAGGCAGCUUCUGGAUUGGACUAACAGAUUCAGAGAAGGAAAAUGAAUGGAGAUGGCUGGAUGGAUCCAUACCGGUUUACACGAACUGGAAAACCGGACAACCUGAUAAUUGGAGCCAUGGGCACGGACCAGGUGAAGAUUGUGCUGGGUUGAUCUAUGCUGGGCUCUGGAAUGACUUCUACUGUGAAGAUGUUAACAAUUUCAUUUGUGAAAAAGACAUGGACAAAGGGCAAAUAUUUGGGGUGUAAUAGGCUGUGACUUUACAGAUACCUAUAUGUUACGGAAAUUUACUUAAAGAAGAAGAAAAUCCUGGGAGAGAGCAACAUUGCCUAUCAAAAUGGAAAAAUAAAAACCCAAAACCAAGCACUGAAGGUUUAAAUGCAAAAAGGACUUCAGCAGCUAUUCUUCUUCAGCAUCCUGCAAUUAUUCGAGGCCUUCCAAACCACAGCAUUGAAGAAAAUACUGUUGGACUAAUUCUGUUAUUGAUUCCUCCCCAUCCAGUAACCACAUACAUAAAGCAAUUUGUGUCUUCUGAGAAAAGACAUUCUGUCAAUCAGAGAAAGACUGUUGGUCACUCAUAUAGAAAAACAUAUAAAGCAACUGUGUACACAGUAUGUUUCAUUUGCCAAAGUCCCAAAUGUAGGAAAUUAUACAGAUACACGAAUAUAUAGAUGUUAUAUAAAUAUAUAUAUAUAGUCCAACUCUUAUCAAUAAUAUGGAAUAUACUUUUAAGAGCUUUUAAAACUUUGUAUUUUUGUACAAAAUAUUUGCUUUUUACAAUUGUUCUCUUUUUUAUUGACUUUUUUUACAAAUAUAGUGCACAGGGGCCAAAGGAAACAAUAAAGGUACUAAUGAGUUAUUAAGGUUUGCUGUCAGGCCUAGCUCAGCUAUAAAGAAAUAUUUUUCCAGUUAGAAAUAUUUGUACUUUCCCAGAUGAUUUAUUCUGGUUAAAUAACUUUUAAAGCAGAUUUUAGAUAGUGUUUUCCUUAUUAUAUGCAGUCUAGUCUGCAUGUGUAACAAUUAAGUUGACUAAGGACUAGAUACUCAUUAUAGCUCUGAUCACAACCACUGUUCCAUCGGGGUACUAUGCAAAGACCGUGUUAACAAAAGCUUUUCCUUCCUUCCUUCCUUCCUUCCUUCCUUCCUUCCUUCCUUCCUUCCUUCCUUCCUUCCUUCCUUCCUUCCCUCCCUCCUUCUUUCCUUCCAUCUUUCCUGCCUUCCUUCCUGCCUGUCUGCCUGCCUUUUCUGCCUCCCUAAUUCCCUUCUUGCAAGCCUGCUUGCUUUCCUGUGUCCCUGCGUGCCUGCCAUCCUGCCUUCCUGCCUUCCUUCUACUCAUAAGAAAAUUCCACAGAAGUAAAUCACAAACAUUUAAGAAUGGUUUUUAAGUGUUUUCAUUCCUUUUCCCUUCUCAUGAGGAAUUCUACCCCAGUAGGUGCUACUCAUAUUGCAAGUCAAGCUCGGAUGAAGGAUUUUAUUAAAACAGUAACAAUGGAGCUGUGCAUGCUGAAAAAUGUUUCCUUCUAAGAUGGAUUUCAACAUUUGAUAAGAAAAACAUGCCAUACUCAGAAAAGUCUAAUCACUUGCACUUCUCCAAAGUGCUUUGUAAAUUGAGCUCUCUGUUAUCUUGGACCAAUACUUCUCUCCCAAACAAAUGAGAAAAUAAAAUAUGCUACAAAACAGAAA